AUGAAGCGUAAUCACUCUGGCUAUCACCGGAGCACCAUAUACAGGCGCAUUAAGCGCCAGAUGAAGGCAUACUAUGAGGCCACUGAAGAGCCUGAGCCUGAGGUUCCGUCAACGUCGACGGCAGUUGGCAAUCAAUCUCCCGAACCAGAAAUGCCUAUACUGAACUCUGAGACUUCCGCUGGUAGGUAUUAUGAGCGUGUAAACGAAUAAUGGGUGCAGAGUCCGUGGAAGACAUGGACGACACAAACGCAGUUGGAGGCAAGUCCUUUCUGGAGGCCUUGAAAGAAUACGCCCUGGAAGUGCAAAUGCCUUUGUCUAAUACAAAGAAGUUAUUUAAUAUGUUACGGCAUUUCCAUCCGGAAGUACCUAAGGACCCACGGACGCUAUUGCGAACGCCUCGAGCGUGCAAUAAGAAGCGUCUGAGUAACGGCACCUACGUUCACUUGGGUCUCACAGACGGUUUGCUUCAUGAGCUUCGUCUUCGUUCGAGAACCAGUAUUUCCGACAUGCGCAUUCAAGUGCACAUCGACGCAAUUAAAGUUUUUAAGGGGUCCAACCAGUGCCUAUGGCCAAUACUAAGUCGUAUUAGCCAUCCGGUAGUUGGAGAACCCUUUGUUGUCGGCGUUUUUUCCGGAUCUAGUAAGCCAGAGCCUCUGGAAGACUUCUUACAUGACUGUAUAAUGGAACUGAAGGGAUUACUUGCUACUGGCCUGUGCUCCCCGUCGACAGGAAAGGUUAUAAAGGUAGCCCUAGAGAAUGUCAUCUGUGAUACGCCCGCUCGAUCUUACAUCAGGUAAGUGAAAGCGCAUAAUGGUUAUUACGGAUGCGACAGGUAUGUUGUUUCGCACAAAUAACGGCAGUCACGGUAGGUGCUGUCAUGUUGGGCGCCCCGUUGCCAACCGCAUGACAUUCCCCACGUACACUGGCCGGUUGCGAGACGACAGGUCAUUUCGAUUGCGAACCCAGGCACUGCACCACAAGGGCAGGUCGCCUUUUGAGGAUUUACCAAUCGACACGGUAGCCUCAUUUCCAAUCGACUACAUGCACCUUGUCUGUCUGGGUGUGAUGCGGAAGUUGAUUCACUUGUGGCGACUGGGGCCAAGGUUAUCUGCCCGACUUAAUGCCUCCAUCGAGAGAUGCAGUCGGUGUUUGCCGGCGGAGUUUUCUCGCAUGUGCAGAUCUCUUGACUCUCUCGAAUAUUGGAAGGCUGCCGAAUACCGACAAUUCUUACUGUACAUAGGCCCUACCGUUUUAUCCCCCGUUCUUGAUAUCACCCGUUAUAACCACUUUUUGUUACUGAGCGUUGCCAUUUACAUAUUUUGCCACCCAACUUUACAUACAUCCUGGAUUGACUUUGCCCGUCUCAUGUUAAACAAUUUUGUUACUGAUUUUCCCCAAUUGUACAGUCCAGCAGACAUUGUAUAUAACGUACAUUGCCUCCUUCACCUCCAUGAAGACGUAAGUCGUUUUGGAGUGUUGGAUAGGUUUUCUGCGUUCCCCUUCGAGUCCUUUUUGCAAACAGUUCGCUACACCAUAAAAGGGCCGACAAACAUAGCCGUCCAGGUGUACAGGCGGUUUAUAAAAAGACGCUUGCCUGAUUUGCCAGCAUCUUUAAUGCUGCUGGACGACGAUGAUGGAGUAGCACGGCCUUUUCACUUGCCCCGCAGUUCCGGUGCCGUUUUACACAAUGGAUACGUCUUGUCGACUACAGCGCCGAAUAACGUAGUACUGAUUGGAAACAGGCCGUGUGUAUUGACGUCAGUUUCGGCUGACAGAAUUGAGUAUCGCCCUUUUUUGGAUUGCAGGGACUUAUUUACCACAUCUUUUUCGUCUUCCACGUUGUUCAUGUUUAAAGCAUCGGUUUUGGAAAACAUUCCCUCAAUAGCUACCCUUGCGGACAUUGUCUGUAAAUUUGUUGCCUUCCAAACUGACGACGAUUUCUACCUAAUCCCCCUUUUACACAUAUUUACUGCACAGUGAUUUUUUUCAUUUAUGAUUUCCAAACCCUGACGCUAAAUGACUGGUAAAAUGCAAGUGUAAGAUGUACUCCGUUGUUGAGUUCAUCAAUGACAAGUCGGUCGACGUCGUAGCCAAGGCGUGGUUCUAUGAUAAGAACUGCGUUAUGUGGCUGAAAAAUGACAGACGACGAAACAUUCUUCUCGAAAGGAAUGAGCCACCGCCGAGUGGGACGAAAGUAUAUCCUGUCAGGAUUUUAAAGGACAACCUGACUCUGGAUGCGGCCCGGCGGCUGAUACAUAGGGCCGAGGACACGUCGGACCUCUCCUUUUCGGAGCCCACGGAGUUGGGUCGAGGCUUUAGAAAGAAGUAGGUUUUACUUGUAAAUGAAAAUUUUUUUGUAGAUUUUUCCGCAGAUUAACCUCUGAUUCGGAGGAUGAUGAGGACGAGAACAUAGCGGAACGACAGCCUGUAAGGCCGCUAGCUGGCUGGCCGUCGCCACCACCCAUACUUCAGUAAAUUGCAGUAAGUCUGAUGGUUUGUAGGCCAAGACUUGAAGAAAACAUACCUACUUCCUCGGCCGGAUGGGGCAGGUUUUCACCUUCAGUAGUCCCCUCACUUCAGUAAGCAGGUUAUAUUUAUUAUCCAUUUCAGACUGCAAACGGAAAAGGAUGCUUCUGUGGCGCAGAGUGAAAUAUUAAAAUCAAUACAAAGGGAAUUGAAAUCUGUGCGGUAAGGGCAUGUUGUAUACCGUUGGAUUAGAUUUGUUUAGUAAAAAAUUAGACAAAUUAGUCUAUAAUCAGACGGUCCAUCAUGAGGAAUUUCGACAACAUUGCGCCCUCAUGGUUGAAAAACUUGGGCAAAUACAUGCCUCCACCGUCCUUGUCGGUCAAAGGCCUCCCGCACUGCCCUUGCCGCUAUGCACGAAGGACGCCUACGAAGACUUCGAAGGGAAGCUAAACCGUGAUGCCGAUUUUCGGGAAGAAGUGGUAUGUAAAUAUGCAGCUUUAUUUACUCUCCACGAGUUAUAGAUGAAACAACUUGUUUCAGUUGGCGGGCGUAACAACAAAGAGUUUGUGAGGAAUAUCCUCAGUAAAUUGCUAGGACCACCCCUUUGCCGUGACUACUGUUGGAGUGGCUCAGUGGGAAAACAAUCCUUUGUCGGUAGUCCAUUAUAUGCACUCCUAUGUGGUAAGCUUUCCUCAUUUGUUAACACUUCAGAUGCCAUUCGCUUGAACCCUAUCUUUGGUGAUUGCGGCCACGAAAUGGUUCGCAAGACUGUUAUUGAUUGGUUUCAUGGAUCGAGGGACCGGUAUGGCGGCCGGGCUAAACGCCAGAAGGCAAUUGGAGGGACUAGCGAUGAUACACGUUGCCCCACACUGCCUCCAUCUGAAGAGACGGUAAUUACCAUUAUAGGAAAUUUACAUAUUUACGGUUAAUUAUUCAUGCUGCUACUGUGAACUUAAUUAGUGUGAAAAUUGUCAUUUAAAUUUUAAAGUAUUACUUCCCUUCCGUCGACCAUGUGUCUUCCAAACAAUUGUUUUUCUUCAAUUAUAGGAACCAGCCGUCGAUGCGGGGACUUCUGGAACGCCCAACUGA